CACCAGACUGGGCAGAAGAAUAUAAGCCAAAAACUUAUAUCUUUGCUAAUAUAUAUAAUCACUUAACAGAACCAAUUACGCUACGAGAACUUAACGAGACCCUAACCGAAUCUCCUUUAAAGAAAGCUCCAGGACUCACUGGCAUAACAAACAAGAUGCUUAAACACCUAGGCCCUACUGGUGACUCGACAUUUCUACAUAUCCUCAAUGCUUGUCUUUCCCUACAAACCAUACCAACAACUUGGUUACAAGCAAAUCAAUAUUUUACUCAAAUAUAA